UUAUCCAUCUUUCCAUUCCUAACUCACCAACUUCCCAAACCCACAUUUAAGAAAUUGUGGGUAGGUAGUGACAAUUGACAUCUUGAAACCCACUACCAUUUCACAUUUUGCCUUUGCCACCAACCAAUUCAACUUUUGUGAACUCAACAGCAACAACAACAACCACCAAACCUGAAAGAACAAGUAUUUCAUCAUUCUCUUUUCCAUUCCCAAUACCCAUCAUGGCUUCUUCUCUCUUCACCAAACCCUUCCUCACCGUUCCCAGAACCGAUUCCUUCACCGCAUUCGUUUCUCCUAAUUCCGAUCUCCGAUCUCUCUCCACCGUUUACCUCCGUCCCCGCUUCCCAAAGAAACUCCAGAUUCGGGCAGCUGGGAGUACCUAUGGGAAUCACUUUCGUGUUACGACAUAUGGAGAAUCUCAUGGAGGAGGUGUUGGUUGUGUUAUUGAUGGAUGUCCUCCUCGCAUCCCUCUCUCUGAAGCAGAUAUGCAAGAGGAUCUUGACAGAAGGAGGCCAGGUCAGAGCCGAAUUACAACUCCUAGAAAGGAGACUGAUACAUGCAAAAUAUUUUCAGGAGUUUCGGAAGGAGUUACGACAGGAACUCCAAUCCAUGUAUUUGUGCCCAAUACUGAUCAAAGAGGAAACGACUAUAGCGAGAUGUCAUUAGCAUAUAGGCCUUCCCAUGCAGAUGCAACCUAUGACAUGAAGUAUGGUGUCAGAUCAGUUCAGGGUGGUGGUAGAUCUUCUGCUAGAGAAACCAUUGGAAGGGUUGCUUCUGGUGCUGUUGCUAAGAAAAUCCUUAAAAAGUUUGCUGGAACUGAGAUUCUUGCCUAUGUCUCUCAAGUUCACAAGAUUAUUCUUCCCGAGGAAUUAAUUGACAACGACACAUUGACACUCGAUCAGAUUGAGAGUAACAUUGUUCGAUGUCCAGACCCUGAAUAUGCAGAGAAGAUGAUAGCUGCUAUUGAUGCUGUCCGAGUGAAAGGUGAUUCUGUUGGUGGUGUUGUAACAUGCAUUGUGAGGAACUGUCCACGCGGUCUUGGUUCGCCGGUAUUUGACAAACUUGAAGCUGAGCUGGCCAAAGCUGCUAUGUCAUUGCCUGCAACUAAGGGUUUUCAAUUUGGUAGUGGGUUUGCAGGUACGUUUUUGACUGGAAGUGAACACAAUGAUGAAUUUUAUAUAGAUCAAAAUGGAAAUGUGAGGACAAGAACAAACCGCUCUGGUGGGAUACAGGGUGGGAUUUCCAAUGGAGAAAUAAUUAACAUGAGAGUAGCUUUCAAGCCGACAUCAACUAUUUCAAAGAAGCAAUCUACAGUGACCCGGGAUAAGAAAGAAACAGAUCUCAUAGCCCGUGGUCGUCAUGAUCCUUGUGUUGUCCCAAGAGCUGUACCCAUGGUAGAGGCUAUGGUAGCUUUGGUGCUUGUGGAUCAAUUGAUGGCCCAAUAUGCACAAAGUAAUCUAUUUCCGGUGAACCUUGAUUUUCAAGAAUCUCUGUCAGCCAAAUUAGAAACAGAAGAAGUGCCCUUCUGAAAAUGAAGCGGAUGCAUAAAUCAGUAGUUGGCCUCAGAUGAAAUCUUCAUUUUGGCUAGUGUUUACUUGAUUGUCACUUUGAUUUGAUGAAAAGUUCAAAUUUCCUCAAGAGGAUCCGGCUCUUGGUCUGCAUCUCAAAUUCUGGCAAAUAUGUAUGUUUUUGGGUGCGUGCUUUGUAUUAAUAUAUAAAGGUUAAACUAUGUUUUUUCUCUUUGCUUUUUUGUCAACAUUGUUUCUAGAGUGCCAUCCUGCAAAAGCACAUAUAGAUGUAUUUUAUAGUGAAUUGGUAUUUGUAAGAAAUUUUGUAGUUUCUGGAAGUCUGACUGCUUAUAGAUGCUGCUCUGCCUUUCUCAAUAAAUCAAGCUUUGGCAA